AUGUUUGAAAAAUUGUUAAAGAAACGAACGCAGGAUGUCUAUGCUGACAGUGAGGCUCCCAGGGAGUCGGUGUCUACUGUUGAGCGUGAGAAAGGUCCCGGUGAUCUGGUCGAUACUCAUAUCCCACUUUUCACCGUGCGCUCCUUCGUCAUGGGCAUCUUCGUGUCUAUGGGAGGAUUCCUAUUUGGCUACGAUACCGGUCAGAUCUCAGGUUUCCUUGCGAUGCCAAAUUUCCUAAUGCGAUAUGGUCAACGGAGUUCAAAUGGUACCUAUGUGUUCAGCAAUGUCCGCUCUGGCCUGAUUGUUGCCCUGCUUUCCAUCGGUACCUUGAUUGGAGCUCUGACUGCAGCCCCGGUUGCCGAUCGCGUGGGACGGAAAUGGUCCAUUAGUGGUUGGUGCGUCAUACUCAUGGUCGGGGUUACUGUCCAGAUCUCAUCUCCUUCUGGCAAAUGGUACCAAUUUAUGGUGGGCCGUUUGAUCACUGGACUAGGAGUUGGUGCACUAUCUCUACUGGUACCCAUGUACCAAGCCGAGUCAGGUCCAAGACAUAUCCGAGGUUCGCUGAUCAGUACUUACCAAUUGUUCAUCACGCUGGGAAUCUUCGUUGCCAAUUGUAUCAACUUUGGUACAGAGGCUCGCUCAGAUACUAGUUCGUGGCGAAUCCCUCUUGGAAUCACCUACUUCUGGGCUCUGGUCCUCGGCGUCGGCAUGCUCUUCUUCCCUGAGAGUCCCCGAUACGACUACCGCCACAACAAAGUGGAGAAAGCAAUAACCAACCUCUCUAAGAUUUAUGGCGUUCCGCGGAACCACCGUGCUCUUGCUAUUGAAUUCGAAGAAAUCAAACAAAAGUACGAGGAAGAAGUCCGCAACGGCGUAGUCACCUGGAAGAUGCUGUUUAGAGCCCCAACUAUGAGUUACCGUGUCGCCCUAGGAGUGACCCUCCAGGCUCUUCAACAACUCACAGGUGCCAAUUACUUCUUCUACUACGGGACCGUUGUCUUUAAAGGAGCCGGAAUUUCAAACAGCUACGUUACCCAGAUGAUUCUCGGAGGAGUGAACUUCGGAUGCACGUUUCUAGGCCUUUAUCUGAUCGAGCACUACGGUCGUCGUCGUUCUCUGAUCGUAGGUGCCUUGUGGAUGUUCGUAUGCUUCAUGGUAUUUGCUUCGGUGGGGCAUUUCUCGCUUGACCGUGCAGACCCCCCGAAAACCCACUCCGCCGGUGUGGCAAUGGUAGUCUUCGCCUGUCUCUUCAUUCUCGGCUUCGCCAGUACGUGGGGUCCAAUGGUCUGGACCAUCAUUGCGGAGCUAUAUCCAUCACAAUACAGGGCUCGUGCAAUGUCUCUUGCAACAGCAUCUAACUGGCUAUGGAACUUCUUGCUGGCCUUCUUCACGCCUUUUAUUACAAGUGCUAUCGACUUUCGAUACGGUUAUGUUUUCGCCGGAUGUCUUUUCCUUGGAGCGGCCACGGUCUAUUUUGGUGUUAUCGAAGGCCAGGGUCGGACUUUGGAGGAGAUUGAUACUAUGUAUUUGAUGAAGGUUAAGCCGUGGAAUAGUUCCAAGUUCCAAUUCCCGGCUGAUCCGGCGGUCAUUCGGGGUUCUUUUGAUGAUAAGGGAGCCGGUGCUGGGGUUGGUUCUUCGUCUCAUAUUCCGGAUGCUACUACGGAGUUACAGGAGGAUGGGCAUGCGGUGCCGCAGACGCAACCAGAGGCACAGCCACGAACGGAACUGUAG